UCACAUAUACGCGUGCAUGCAUGCGCAGUUGGAGCGUGGUGGGUUGAGAAGAUUUUUUUUGUUUAUUUUCGUGGUUAAUGUGUUGUUAUAUUAUUGUUAAUAUGUGUUUUUACAGUUUAGUGUAACAAGGGCAACAGAUAAACGGGUACAGGUACACAUUUAGCUAGCUAAUGUGAUAUUGUAACAUUUCACGAGGUAACGUUAGCGGAUUUGGGUCAUCAUAGAAGGUUAGCCAGCGAGCUAGCGUUAAGUUGAGGGUCUUGUAGCGUUAGCUAGCUAGUUAGCGUGUGUGCUAGCAAGCUAGCAAAAAUGCAAGCUAGUUUACGCUAACGUUAGAUAGCAUAUCAACAUUUAGGUAGCUUAAGCAACUCGCUUAUCAUCUUGCACCAAUGGGAUUAAUGCUACUGCGCGGAUAAAUCACUGUUGCUAAGCUCGGGCAGCAUUCGAUCAACAGUACUUUCACUUUGACACUUCUACUGAUAAAAGGCAUAGAGGAUACCACUUGAAAGUCUCCCUAAGGUUGAAACCUAAGGAGCAAGAUGUCAAUCACGAACACUCCCACAAGCAAUGAUGCCUGCCUAAGCAUUGUGCAUAGCCUGAUGUGCCACCGACAGGGAGGGGAGAGUGAAAGCUUUGCUAAGCGAGCUAUUGAGAGUCUUGUCAAGAAGCUGAAGGAGAAGAAAGAUGAGCUGGAUUCCCUUAUCACAGCCAUCACUACGAAUGGAGCUCAUCCUAGCAAGUGUGUAACCAUACAGAGAACUUUGGAUGGACGCCUACAGGUUGCGGGGCGAAAAGGUUUUCCUCAUGUUGUCUAUGCCCGACUAUGGCGAUGGCCUGAUCUACACAAGAAUGAAUUGAAACACGUGAAAUAUUGCCAGUAUGCCUUUGACUUGAAAUGUGACAAUGUUUGUGUCAACCCAUACCACUACGAGAGGGUCGUCUCUCCGAGCAUUGACUUAUCAGGGCUGACCCUUUCAAAUUCAGGUUCACUCUUGGUAAAGGAUGAGUAUGACUAUGACAACCAGCAAUCUCACUCAAGCUCUGAAAGCCACCUGCAGACUAUCCAGCAUCCCCCGGCAAGACCCGGUCCACAGGAGAUCUUCAUCAGCCCCUCUCUACUCCCCCCAUCAGAGGGCAGCGGUUCAGCUUCAACCUCUGCUUUCUCUACCAUCAGCGUUGGACCAUCAAACCCUACCUCCAAUUGGAGCAGAAAUGGCAGCUUCACCGCUGCAGUGCCUCAACAUCAGAACGGGCAUCUACAGCAUCAUCCACCCAUGCCUCACACAGGGCAUUACUGGCCUGUUCCCAAUGAAAUUGCGUUCCAGCCCCCCAUAUCCAAUCACCCUUCUCCAGAGUACUGGUGCUCCAUUGCUUACUUUGAGAUGGAUGUCCAAGUUGGGGAGACGUUUAAGGUGCAAUCCACAUGUCCGAUAGUGACUGUGGAUGGCUACGUUGAUCCAUCAGGAGGGGACCGCUUUUGCUUGGGCCAGCUGAGCAAUGUCCACAGGACAGAGAACAUAGAGAGAGCCAGGCUACACAUUGGCAAAGGCAUGCAGCUGGAGUGCAAAGGUGAAGGAGAUGUCUGGGUGCGCUGUUUGAGUGAUCAUGCAGUGUUUGUGCAGAGCUAUUACCUGGAUCGAGAGGCUGGACGUGCCCCUGGAGAUGCAGUUCACAAGAUCUACCCCAGCGCUUACAUCAAGGUGUUCGACUUGCGUCAGUGCCACAGGCAGAUGCAGCAGCAGGCAGCGACAGCUCAGGCCGCAGCUGCAGCCCAGGCAGCAGCAGUGUCCGGGAACAUUCCUGGGCCUGGCUCUGUGGGAGGCAUCGCCCCUGCCAUCAGUCUUUCGGCUGCUGCAGGCAUUGGGGUUGAUGACCUGCGCAGGCUGUGCAUCCUGCGGAUGAGCUUUGUGAAGGGCUGGGGGCCCGACUACCCACGGCAAAGCAUUAAAGAGACACCCUGCUGGAUUGAAAUUCAUUUACAUCGAGCUCUACAGCUACUGGAUGAAGUUCUGCACACCAUGCCCAUAGCUGACCCUCAGCCUCUUGACUGAGUUGAAAGACAUGAACUGUACAAAAGAAGAAAACAAUCAGGCUACUUUUUUAACAGAUCACUCCACCUAUAGGCCUGGACUGUCUAAUGAGGACUGCAACUACAGGGAUUCUGAGUAGGUUGUAGGAGUACCAACAAGGACAUAAAUGCUGGCAGUAUACUCCAAACACAGUGCUUUCAAGUCAAGAGCUGUGGGCAGUUGCCAGUAUUAUGAGUGAGACUCCAGGUCUGGUGUCAGUGACUUCUAAACAGCUGGAGCAACAUGGGAAGUACACUGGGAUAGGUUGUAGUACUCUGGAAACAUGCUGCCAAGAGGAUGAAAAAGGAAGCCAGUAUCCUGACAUUGUUUACCAAUUGGAACUUCAUAACAGCAUGAAGUUAACAAGGCUGUGUGUCUCUCAAAUCUCAAGUUGAUACAAAAAUACUCGCACACUGAUAUGAUAAAAGAUGCAAAAUGUAUUUAGCCUUGGUACUAUACAAAAGAAAUGCAUAACCACAAAAGAGUGUAGGGUGUCAAACACAAAAUGAUUUAUACUCUGCUGUCAUCUUUUUUCAGUGUGAACAUUUCCCCAUUUAAGAUUUGAAGAUGUAUAGAGCCCCUGUAACUGACUGAAUUCUCUUUUGGACUAUUUAGUAAGAGGGCAAUCUAUUUGGUCUAACACCAGUAAAGCUUAGCACAAUGUGAUGCCUUGUAUUGGAUGAGAACCUGUUAUUUACCCUGUCUGAACAUACUAAAUGUCAUUUCAGUUGGAGUAUACUGCCGAUCCAGUCCUCUUCUAUUGGCUCUCCGGUGCUUAAUAUGGCUUCAUGUAAGUGGAGUUUUUCACCUCACAAAUCAGGAUAUUUAUGUAAAAUCAUGUUAUUCAUUAUGUUUUUGAAAGAUGUAAUCUUAAUUAUUUUUUCAAUGCUGACAGUCCUUAUUUGACGUUUAAAAAAACAAAAAAACAAAAACAAAUUAUAUUCCCCCCCCCAAAUAGUUGUUUUUACUGACGUAAAAGCAUUUGAAAAGCUCAUUUUAGCUGACCUAGGCUUCUCUUGCAACACCAUAGAAGUUCCAUUAUUCUACCACCAGUCAAGGCUGUUACAACAUUGAGAAGUGAUUUUUUUUCUACUGAAAUUUAUCAACCUUUUUAUGAAUCAAGGUUAUCAUCGGUUUUAUAAAACAUUGUAAUAAUAUUUAAAACUGUCAUUUCUUUUAUUAGAUGCCCACAGUGUCCAUUAGCACUUUAUUAAUUUGCCUAACUGUAUUUUGUCUUGUUUCAUAGUCUCAUGCGUGGUAUCCAUUUCAUUUCUUAGCAUAGUUAAAAAGUAUUUCUUGCUGAUGGCCUUGGUAGGAUCCAUGGAAAAUGUGCUUCAAAUAGUUUGCCUGAAAUCUGUUUUCGUUAUCAAACACUCACCCACAGCAGGUUUGAAAGGUGUAUUUAGCUCUGUUCUGGCAAAAAUGAUUACUGUUUGGAACAUAUUGAGUUGUGGUGUACCAAUGGUUAAUACAAAUUUAAAAUAUUGUCUGUGUAGGAUGAAACUACUGUGUAAACCUUUCAAACCUAAAGGUGGUAAAUCUUUGAUACUCAAAAGAUGCAUUUUGGGUAGAUCCUCAACAUCACUUUAACAUGGCUCACCACCACUCAUUUUAAUUUGAGCAUUACUUGGAUAACACUUACCGUAACGUAUUCUACCCAACAGCUGAGUAAAGGAAUGAAGGAGGGAAUGAACUGUGAGAGGAAGUGUAAGCCAUAUUGAUGCCAAAUAUAUCCAAUGAAAAGGUUAUCAGACUCCAGUCGUUCUAGUGUUAUGUCGCUUGUAAAUCUUAGUUUUAAUUAUCAACUGAAUGAUUUCAGUUUUUGCUCAGCACAAUUUAUCAAACAAUGUUUUGGUAAUUAGAGCUCAGUUUACCUACAGCUGUUGCAGUAUUUUAUACUCUUUUGCUACCUUUACAGUAAGAGAACCACAAAAAUAAAGAAUGAUGCUAUUCAAUUUUCAGGAAUUGCAAAUUCCUGCUCAUCUUAAUCUUUACAAUUGUGUCAUACAUUCUGAAUACGUACUGAGUUUGGUUGAUAUUGGUAUAUGUAUGAGUCUGGUUAAAUAAAAUACAAUUGGCUAACACUA